AUGAGUAUUUCUUUGGAGGUGCCAAACGAUUUGGUUGUGGAUGAAGAAUCUUAUGAAGUGAAGAAUGUUUGUGAUUUGAUGAAUGCUGGGUUUUUCGAAGCGGUUGUUUGUGAAGUUCGGAGAUUAUUGAAGGAGAAAUGUUCCGGCUGCGAAGUCGAUCAUCCGAGUCAGAGGAGACACGACUGUAUUAUGCUGUCAGACGAGGAGGGAUGGUUACUACAUGGUUUGGAAGCAGUGGAGCGUGUGAUUGAGCGUGGAGUUGUGAGGAAACAGUUUCUUGAAGCUAUUCGGGUGAUGAAAUUGGAAUAUUACGGGCGUGCGAAAGAACAUUAUGCGAACUUGAUAAAGAUCGUGAAGUAA